ACUGCUGAGAGUUUAGAGUGAGUUCCACUGUGCACAAUAUACUAGGGAAUCAGGCACGAGGAAACAUGUCUGGAAAACCCAAGCUCCACUACUUCAAUGGACGAGGCCGGAUGGAACCAAUUCGGUGGCUCCUGGCAGCAGCUGGGGUUGAGUUUGAAGAAUCUUACCUAGAAAGAAAGGAGGAUCUAACCAAGUUACAGAAGGAUGGAUCCCUGCUCUUUCAGCAAGUGCCAAUGGUAGAGAUCGACGGGAUGAAGCUGGUGCAGACCAGAGCCAUUGCCAACUACAUAGCAACCAAGUACAACCUCUACGGGAAGGACGUGAAGGAGAGAGCCCUAAUCGAUAUGUACGUGGAAGGAAUGUUCGAUCUCAAUGAGUUACUCAUGAUGUAUGCCUUCCAACCAGCAGACAAAAAGGAGCAACAUUUUGCAAAUAUGAUGGACAAGGCUGAAAACAGAUACUUCCCAGCCUUUGAGAAGGUUUUGAAAGACCAUGGCAAAGACUUUCUGGUCGGCAACCAGCUGAGCAGGGCAGAUGUUCAAUUACUUGAAGUAAUUUUAAUGGCAGAGGAGUACAAACCUUCUAUACUUGCCAAAUUUCCUCUCUUGAAGAGCUUCAAAGCAAGAAUAAGCAAUAUCCCCACAAUUAAGAAAUUCCUGCAGCCUGGCAGCCAGAGGAAACCGCUAAUACGAGAGGAAGAUGUGCCUAGAGUGAUCAAAAUUUUCUACUGAGUCUAAAGCUGAAGAAACUAUUUCAUUGUGUUUGCUGACAGCGAGAAAAUAAUGAAACUACUGAAAACCAAUUUUUUUGAUCCUACCAGCAAAGCAAAUAGUUCACUAAUCAGGGGGUGUAUUGGACAACACAGAAUGCCUUAAAUAACUAAAGAAAAAACCUGAAAUAAAUUCUUACUAUUGAUACUCAAAACCCAGCUGGUCAUUGAUUUCUUGCUGCUACUUCUAUGCCUAAGAUCUGUCUGGUGCUAUUUUCCUGGCCUUCCCAAGAAUUGUUGGAAAAUUAGGCGUGAUUAUUCCAAAGAGUAGGUUUUUGUCACAGUAGAGCUAGUCUGCAGCUGGACAGAUAAAUUUGGCUAUAAUAUGAAACCUAACUUGGCUCUUCUAGUUCAAUAAACAACUGCCUAGGUGAACAGUGAGAUUUGAACUCAAAGAGAGCACCUAAUCCCUUUCAACCAUACAUGCAGAGACAUUGCUGGUCCAGGUACUGGGCAGUGUAAGACCCAGACCAGCCAGCACUUGAGACCCGGUAGUUUUGAGAUGCCUGUAUAAGAAACUCUGGACAAUAAAGCACGCUGUUUGUUGAGGA